CCUUUCCUCUCAAACUUUCUUUUUCACCUUCCUUCUUCUUGUUUUGAUUCUUUUCUUUGGCUCUUGAACCCCGCUUCAUGGUGCUCGACGAAAUUCACAACUAGUCGAUUUCAUAAAAACACAUUACCGCUACUUUCUUUUGCACUGCUACCCAAUAGUAGCAAGCAGAAACUAACCUCCUGCAACAACAAACAAUAACGACAUCGUAUCAUGGGAGCCUUAUGCUGUAAAGAAGAAGCUGUAGAUUUUAAUGAUGAAGUCGAUCUAUCUCAUUUUGCUCUACUGCGCUCAGUCGGCAAAGGUGCAUUUGGCAAGGUGCGAGUAGUCCAGCAUAAAGGCAGCAAACGGUUAUUUGCAUUGAAAUACAUCAACAAGGCCAAAUGCAUACGCAUGAGGGCAGUCGAAAACAUUAUAUCUGAACGACGCUUACUCGAGCUUAUCCACCACGACUUUGUCGUCAACUUGCGUUAUGCAUUCCAAGACGACGAAAAUCUUUUCAUGGUGAUCGACUUGAUGCUGGGUGGAGAUCUCCGUUUUCAUCUCGAUAGGAUGGGCCCUUUCCCUGAGGACUAUGUUCGUUUCUAUGCUGCCGAAAUUGCGCUUGCACUACGAUAUCUGCAUCGCAAACAUAUUGUGCACAGAGAUCUGAAGCCCGAUAACAUUUUAUUGAACGAACACGGUCAUGCGCAUUUGACAGAUUUUAAUAUCGCUGUACGCUUCUCCAACGAAAAGCCGCUGACAUCGAUUGCUGGGUCGAUGGCGUAUAUGGCCCCCGAAAUUUUGAUGAAACGCGGCUACUCAGCUUCGGUAGACUGGUGGUCGCUGGGUGUUGUAUGUUAUGAAUUGCUGGUCGGCAAGAGACCGUUCCGCGCCAAGUCCAACGAAGCCUUACAGCAAGCCAUUAUGCAUGAUGCAAUCGAGUUUCCCGACGACGCCGUACUAUCAUCAGAUGCCAAGGAUUUCGUACAUGGAUUGAUGACACGCGACAUAUCUCACCGGCUCGGCUAUACUUCCAAUGGAUUCCGCCGCUUACAAGCACAUCCAUGGUUCAAGGACUAUGAGUGGGAUAAACUUGAAGCAAAACAGGCAAGCCCACCCUUUGUACCUGAUUUGCUUCUAUCUUACACAGGGCAUAUAUUACUUCCAAUUCUCUUUGAACAACAUCAGGAUAAACGAGCCAACUUUGAUCCUACCCACGAGCUUGAGGAGAUAUUGCUUGAAGACAACCCCUUAAAGGCAAAAAAGCGGGCACCCAAACGUAGUGGAUCCAACACCAACAUCAAGAGCCAACAAUCCAAUGACUUGUUACCUGAAGCAAGUCCGGAACAGCAGAUCAUGGAAGAUAAAUUCUUACCAUUUGACUAUACGAAGAAACCUGAUUCUUCACCGUCUAUCGACAAGAGAAAACCUAGCAAUGCCUUGCAAGAAAAAUGCGAAGCACCAUUAGCAGCUGGUCAGCAACAUGAUGAGAAGUACACUUCUAUAUCUGGCUCUAGUCCGAACGCGACAUCGUCCAUUGAUGAUGCCCAUAGUGAGCGCGUGUUGAUACCAUCCAGCAGCAGCAACAACAAGGAUAAUAAUCCCAGAAUGACACUGGGCACAUCUUCCUCGUUGCCGCCACCCUCAUCUGCCCCUCCCCCUCUGCCUUCCUCAUUGCCACCUACGCCUCGUUAAAACAGCCCAUAUAAUUUCUGCGUGUCUCUCUGUCAAUCUCUCUCCCUUUCGCUCUACUCAUCAUCCCUCCACCUUUUUGAUAGUUCUUCAUUUUAAUUUCCUUAUUUCAAUUAUUACUGUGUUCCCUUUUUCAUAACCUUCUUCAUGUAUUUAUUUGCAUUUGAACAUCAUUUCACAACCGAGAUAUACUAAUCUUUCGCCUUUGGAAAGUAUAAUAAGCGAGCUACCUUGUUUUUUUUUCCUUCAAAAGGAAUGCAUAUAUUUUACAGCUUUUUUUUCAUGAAGUGUUGUUACUGCUUAUUUUUCAAGCUAUGUCAUUAAACUAUUCAAG